AACAUUGUACUCACAACAGCAUUAGUUAUGCAAAAGCAGCCGUUCUUUCUUCUAUAUAGAGUAGUCCAUCUACUUCAUUUCUAAGUCAUAGAUAGUAAAAAUGUCUUCAGUUAAACUGUUUGAUUUGCAUCGCAUUUUCGACAAACUCGACAAAAAUGGCGAUGGCCUCGUUAGCCUAGAGGAGCUAAUGUGGCUGCUCGAUAGCAUCGGCGUCCAUGCUAAUCAAGACGAGCUUGAGUUACUGAUAGGUAAAAAGAGUCUCGACCCUAUUGAUUUUGUGUUCUUUCACGACCUCGUCAUGAAGGGCUACAAUCUUGAUCAAAGCAAAAAGCUGAAGGAGAAGGAAGAAGAUAGCCUUUUGGUGAAGGAUCUUGCCAAAGCUUUCGAGGUUUUCGAUUCAAAUGGUGAUGGAUUCAUUUCCAGUGAAGAGUUGGAGAGUGCAUUGUGCAGAUUGGGAUUGUGGGAUGGUGGGAAGGAUUGUAGAAGCAUGAUUAAUGCUUAUGAUACUAAUUCUGAUGGGAAGCUUGAUUUUGAGGAGUUUAAGAAUAUGAUGUUGGUUUCCAACUUCAUAUUUCCCUUGACGAAACUUCUUGCCAACUUCCUCGUCAAAUUUCAGCCACAUAAAGUCUCCCUCCAAAGUUUCUGUAUAAAUUCUUCAAGCUACCUGACCAAAAUGCAGGUAUCAUCCAAAUAUCGAAGCAUUUCACAGAACAGAGCGAUUCUUGAUUUGCUUAAGAAAAUUUCUUCAUUUCCCUUUACAAUCUACAACAAAAUGUGUCCCAUUAACGCCUCUAAUUUGCAUCGGAUUUUCGACAAGCUGGACAGAGAUGGCGAUGGCUUCGUCAGCGUUGACGAGCUAAUGUGGCUUCUGGAAACCAUCGGUGUCCAAACUAGCUUGGAUGAGCUCGAAUUAUUGGUUGGCAAAAAGGGUUUUCUGGACUCGAUUGAUUUCUUGUUGUUUCAUGAUAUUGUCAUCAGUGGGAAGAAUAUGGAUGAAAAGAAGUUCAGAAAAAAGGAGCAAGAAGAAGAAGAUAAGCACAUAGAGAAAGAUCUUGUUCAAGCAUUCGAGGUUUUCGAUUUGAAUGGAGAUGGAUUCAUUUCCAGUGAGGAAUUGCAGGGUGCAUUAUGCAAACUGGGAUUGUUGGAUGAACAGUGUGGGAAGGAUUGCAAGAGUAUGAUUAACGUGUACGAUACUAAUUCUGAUGGGAAGCUUGAUUUCGAGGAGUUUAAGAAUAUGAUGUUGCAAUCUGAUUCUUAGAUAGCGUAGCAGACCAAAAAAGCAAACAUUACAUUUUUUUUUUCUUUUAAGUGUAAUCGUCAAAUUUUGAAGUCGCAGUCUUGCAUUUAAUGCUCUCUUCGUCUGUACCGUUCAAUUCAUCCCUCUCUCUCUUAAGCAAGCGUUACUUGUUUAGGUUGUAAUCUGUAAAUUGUACAUACCUUAGAUUA